AUAGAAUAAGAGGGGGAUGAAGGAGCGAAGUGGUUUAAAAACCCGUUGCUGGGUGAUGGCUGAGGUUUGAGAGGAGCGGUGGCGGUGUGGCGGUGGUGAUUGGGGUGGAAAUGCAAGGGUGGAGGGGUUUGUUCUUGGUUUCCCCCCCCUGGCGACACUAGCGCCACAGCAGAGGCUCCAGUCCGAGCUCAGCAUCACUCGUGGUUGUUUCGCGCGCGCAUACAAUCGGUGUUUGGCAGUUUUUCCGAAAAUCAACUUUUUUAUUUUAAAUAAAAGUGAAAAUAAAAGUAAAAAAAAAAAAUUUUUUUUAAGUAAAAAAAGUGAAGAAAAAAGUGAACGAAAAUUAUACAGUUGACAAAAAUUUCUACUAGGAAAAAAAGGUUACUACAAUGCUCAGUAGGAUAAUAAAAUUUCUCCUAUUGAAAACUUUUAGAUCGCCAAAAGUAUCGAUCUAGAUUUUUACCCAAGUUUUUUUUUUUUACACUGGAAUUUGAAAUCAUGCAAAAAUGGAAAACAAAACAGGAGAGUGUUUAUUGGAUCAUGUGAAACUUUACGAAAGUGAUAGAGAUCAAUGUCGCCGAAGAAAAAGUGUCCUAGGACGAGAUUGGUGCUUGAGGAUUGAUAAUAGUGUUUAGUGAGUGUCAAUUUUUUGAAUAAAAAUAUUCUUCGAGUGUUUUUAAAGGAUUAAGUGUACUAAAAAAAAAAUUAUUGAAAUUUUGUAAAUAAUAAAAAAAAAUGUGGAAGUGAUUGCAAAAAAAAAACAACAAUUUGUGCUGAAAAAAGUUUGUCAGGAGACCAAAGUGAGACCGAAAUAAGAAAAGUAAAUUAAUUGUUGAAAAUAAUAAAACUGUGUGAAGGUAGUAGUGACGACCGCCAAUGGGUCGAGCGAAAGAGCGCAGAUGUAAAAAUCAAUUAAUCAAAUUCUCGUUAUUGCACAACGAGUCGAAUAUAAAUUAUCAAAAUUCCCGGAUUUACUUACUGGGAGAGAGGAGAGGCCUUUUGUUUGAAUUUUUUCUCGCCAUCAGGAGAUAACGAGGCUAAUUGAAAAGAAUAAAUGUGUAACAAUGAUUCUAAUUGAGGAAGUACUUGUUUCAGUGUAGAUCGAAUCGAUUGCAAUUAGAAAAGUGGUUUUCUCUCUCUCUCAGGUGCAGUGAGAACAAUCGACAAUCAAUCGGUUAGAAUCGCGAGUUGGAGUAGUGUUAAAUUAAAGUCCUAUGGGUGGAGCGCAAGUAGUCCUACGGAGGAAUUCAAGUGUUUCAAGGAGUUGCUCCUUUUAGUUCCUUCAACCUCUCCCCCCCCCUGAGGAACGAUCCUUUUCUUCCUAUCGUCUUCCAUUUUCCCACCUCUUACCCCCCACCCCUCUAUCUUUUUCUUUUUUUCUUUCUUUCUUUCUUUCUCGCGAGGACGCCUUAACUCAACUGGAAAAAGACGCACUUUGCAAGGAAUUUCUCAUGGAAAUCUGAUGAUGGCUACUCUUAACUUUUUGAAAUUGCUGCUGCUGCUCAUCCUCGGAUGCUCGCAUGUCCUGCGUGCUGAUCCUGUUAUUUCGCCAACUGUCAAGAGUACAGGUGGUUCUAGUUUAGCCAGCGUCGUUGCAGGGAGUAAUAAGCCCACAAGAGCGUGGGAUAAACCUUAUUUUGACGACGUCUCGCCGCGAAAUGUGACGGCAAUCGUUGGUCAAAUGGCAGAAUUAAACUGUCACGUUAAACAUCCUGGCGACCGAACGGUUUCCUGGAUGCGUAAGAGGGAUUUACACAUAUUGACGUCGUCAAUUUUCACUUACACGGGGGAUGGAAGAUUUUCAGUGAAACAUCCUGAAGUGUCUGAUGAGUGGAGAUUAAGGAUCGAAUAUGUCCAGCCGAGGGACGCUGGCAUCUACGAAUGUCAAGUUAAUACAGAACCUAAGAUGAAUUUAGCCUUUAUGUUGAAAGUUGAAGAAAGUAGCCCUGUCCCUGCCACCACACCGAACGCCAUUCAUCGGACGUUCAGCUCAGCUGCACAAGCGAAAAUCCUAGGACCAGAAGAUGUCUAUGUGAAGAAAGGUAGUACAAUAAGCCUCACGUGCACGGUUAAUGUGCAAAGUACACCCCCGAGCAGCGUUUCGUGGCAUCACGGGAGUGCAGUAGUGGAUUUCGACAGUCCCAGGGGCGGAGUUUCCUUGGAGACGGAGAAAACUGAGAGUGGGACGACAAGUAAGCUCUUGGUGACACAAGCCAGAUUGAGCGACAGCGGAAAUUACACCUGCAUACCUAGUAACGCAAAUCCUGCCAGUGUGAUGGUCCACGUACUGAAUGGUGAGCAUCCAGCAGCAAUGCAGCAUGGCGGUAGUUGUGGUGUGGCUCCAACAAUCCUUCUAGCAACUUUAACCCUCUUAGUGGCAAAUUUACUGAGGUGAGCAGUCUCCCUGCGAUAAUACGCAAAUUCCAAGAAAGUUACCUAAUUAUAUAUAUUUACAAAGAAAAGUUGAAAAAAUCUUCAAGUUUUUCUAAAAUAAAAUCGAAUUUCAAAUUUUCAACAUCAAAAAUUUAAAGAUAUGGACUUAAAAAAAAGUGGUUGGAUAAAAAACACUCUCGAAAUCAGUGACAAAUCUGUGUGAGUAAAACUGAACUAUAAGUGUUGAUAUCAACGAAAUUCCCAAACGUGGAUUCUCACUUUAUUUAAAUUACAAAUUAUAGUAAAAUUUACAGUCGAGAAUCCCUGAAAAAAAAAUUUGUACAGGUAUGAGUGUAAAAUUACCUAAGGUGAUCGAUUUGAAAAUUUUAGCAUUAAGAAAAAUACUUUUUGUAAGAAAACCUGUUAUAUUAUUUCACAAACACUAAAAUGUAAAUUUAACACGAUUUUAGCAAAAAAAAAAGAAUUUUUUGACUGUUUUAAAAAGAGUUGUAGAAAAAAGAUAGAAUAUUGACGAGAAAAAAAAAUUGUUGAAUAUUUUUUAGUAUAAAUUUUUGUUACUAUUAUAAUUACGUAAUAUACACGGAAAAAGCCUACAUCCGUAAGUUUCUCUAAAAUAACAAAGGAAUUAAUUUGAAACAACUAAAAAUUUUUUUCCGUGUGUAAUAAUUAAUUAUAUAAUUCUAUGAUAAUAAUUAUUAUAGUCAGUGAUGUUCACUGAUUUAUUAUUAUUAAUUGUUUUUGUUUUAAAAAUAUUGUUUCUGUUGAGUGUGGAUAUAAAUAUAUUCUCUGAAAUGUGACUACGUCGUAUAUCACGAAGUGUUAAUAAAAAAAAAAGAAAAAAAAUGGGUGUGAGAAACGAGCUCUUACACCUUUCGCCAGAGCAUGAUAAUACUCGUAGGUAAAAUUUUAAGAUUAUUGAAUCUUUGUACAUAAAGAAUAUCACAACUAAUGAGCCUCAUGUACAGAAUUAUAAAUAUAUAUUAUUCAAUGGCUCAAGAGAAAUGAAAACAAAAAAAGUUCUAUAGACGAAAAAAACGUGGAAAAAAAAUCAACUUCAAGCGAAACGCUUUAACAUUUUAAGUCUGUUUAAAUUUAAUAUAAUUUAUACAUAUAAAUAUAUUUAUAAAUAUAUAUAAAAUAUAAAUUAAUGUACAGAAAACAAAAAAGAAACACUGUUCUGUUCCAAGUGGUAAAGAGAUUUUAUUUAAUAAAUAAAUAAUAAUUCUGAAUUUGUUGAUAAUUUCGAAUAUUUUCGACAGUAAAUCAAGUUGAUAGAAAGAGACAGAUAGAGGUCGUAACGUCCCCUCGUUUCGUCUUUGUUUCUCAGCGCAUGCGCGUCACGAGAAGCGACUGCGCUUGCGCCUCUCUCAUUGGUGGAAAAUAGUGGCGCAAGCGCACGCGUCGCUAGAGAGAGAAAAAAGAGGGGACGUUAAGUACACUGUCUCUUUCUAUCUACCUGACGCUUCCACCAAUUCCUACCGUCGUUCUUUAUAUUUACAUCUCAAUAUUUUAGAACAAAAAAAUUUUUCUCUUCAAAUUUUUGCCUUAAAAAAUUUACAGUUUCAAGCUCGAUGACUUAAAAGAGAAAAAAGUAAACGUAAAAUAUUUCCAAUUCUUUUUCGAAUGAAAAACAGAAAGAAAAACUUUGCUUCACUCCAAUAGUGAUAUUUCAUUAAAUUGCGAUGACAAAUUUUUUUUAAUCAAGCACUGAUUGUAAAUAGAAAAUAGAAACAAAAUUAAAUAAUAAAAAUGUCACAAAACACUAUAUUACCAGUUUGAACAAAACAGUGUUCUUAAAAAAAAAAAAAAAAAAUCAGACUGUAUAAAAUCAAACCGAAAAUUGUGUUCUUAUCUCCUAUAAUUUUAAAUUCGUCAAUAAAAAAAUUUUUUAAUACGCGCUCCAAGAUUCAUUAUAAAAUCUUAUCAAAAGAAAAAUUAAUUUCACCCAAAGAAAGAUGAAUCUCAGAAAACGAAUCUCAAAAAAGAAAUAAAAUGAAUCUCACGAAGAAAAAAAAAUGUAAUCGAAUGUUUAUAAUCAUUACUCUGUUGGACAUAAAGAGAGACGUCGUGUUAAAUAAUAAAUUGUUAUCAUUUUCAAAUCAAAGUUCGCAAAUAUUAAAAUUUUUUAAUUUUUAGAUUAAUUGAAAAUCAUCGUAUAAAUAUUAAAAUAUUGAUAAUUAUUAUUAUGUUCGUUCCAAGUGCUCCAUAUGUCCAUCAAAGUGGUGAACGUAACUGAUUAUCAUACAGUUAUAGAACGGAAAUUGGAUUGCAUUUGUAAAUAAUAUUCAUAAUCGAUAACGUACCAUAAUGUAGAGAUGAGUUUUAUGAAAUGAAAUAAAAGAGAGAGAGAAAGUGUGAGAGCGAAAGAGAGUGAGAGAAAAAGUAUUGUAAAAAUAAUCUAUUGACGUAAAUAC